CAGCAACUGCUGUUUCCAUCUUCCCGUCAGCUCCACAUGCCUUCAUUAAUUCCUUUGUUUAGAUUUUCUCCCCGGGAGGUGACCGACAGUGACGCUCGUGUCAAAGUGGCAAACUUUCCGAUUUGGCCUACAUUCCCUGCAGCCAGUCAUGGCAAUUACGCUGAUGGGGCCGGCCGAGAGUCCAAACCUGCAAGUGUUCUGGACUUAUGGGUUUAGUGAAAUAUGUUCCUGAGUCAAGGUCAAAUGCAUGUACGAGGACUUCGCUUCUCGCCGUAACUUGGCCAGGUGGGACAUGGUUAUGCUCAUGCUUAUGCUCAUUCGGUACGGUCGGGUGCAGUAGUGUAGUAUGGGCGAGGACCAGACUACAGGUGAAUGUUGUCACCCACUUCGGGGUCUGGCUGGAGCUUGCAGUCUAGAAAGAAUUUGCCUGAAUCGGGUCAAGGACUGACAGGACAGUACACUGGCGUCAGGGUUUUCAGACGGAAUAAGCUCCGUAGGCGUAGCCUAGCAGCAAUCAGUUCAGAUGAUUGUUGUACAGUACAGAGAUCGUCUGGUAUCGGCUGGAGAUUGAACUGGUCUAACCUCGUGGACGAGUCAUGGGAAGAGAAGAAGAAACUCGGUGGUGAAUGUUUCGAUGAGUGAGUUGAAAUGUUCGCAGUCCGGGUGUCCUUUAUUUCCUUCACUGAAAACCGCUGUGUUCGAAAGAAAAAUCAUCUGAAGGGGGUGGUUUACGAUUCGCAAAUUUCUGCUCGAAAUCCGAUUUCAGUUCUGUGCUUUCCGCUGAGUUCUCCUGCUCAUCAUGCCCAUCAUCCUUCGCCGGCCCGUGAGCCGAUUCGACUGAAUCGAAUUUCCUGGACGUGACCGAGGAAUCUUCUUCGUCCUCCAUGGCAAGUGUGUCAGCUGAAGCUGGUAACGGAGAUUGUGGUGGGUCGGGAAGCUUUGUCGUUCGAAGCUGGCUCGGCUUGGAAAGUGGGGCAGCUGAAGCUGGUAACGGAGAUUGUGGUGGGUCCGGAAGCUUUGUCGUUCGAAGCUGGCUCGGCUUGGAAAGUGGGGCAGCUGAAUUCGGUGCCAAAUAUUUGAACCAUCCUCGACGCUUCUUGGGACCUGGAGUCGAGGAUGGAGAUGGAGAUGGAGGUGGAGGUGAAGGUUGCGGCUGAUCAUCGUCCUCAGCCGAUGGUUUUGGAUGAUCUGAUGCGGCAGGGGGCAGCUCGAUGCCUUUGAACCAUCCUCGACGCUUCUUUGGAGCUGGAGUCGAGGAUGGAGAUGGAGAUGGAGAAGGUGGAGGUGAAGGUUGCUGCUGAUCAUCGUCAGCGACCGAUGGUUUUGGAUCAUCUGAUGCGGCAGGGGGCAGCUCGAUGCCUUCAUGGUCUGGAGAAAUCGACCCGUCGGCUGCUACAGCUGUAGGCGCAGACGUGACCAGGACCGGAGGAGUUACAGGCGGCGAAGGUGGCGAUGGAAUUUUUGGUGACUGAACUACUUUGGAUCUAAAAAACUUUUUUAAGAAUCCUCGUCGUGGCGUCGACGAUCCUGAAGGUGAUGACGACGCUGGACUCGGCGGUCCCUCACUCGCGCUCGGUUGCAAGAAGAUGGACUGCGGCGCUACGAUGCCCGACGACCUUCGACGGAUUGUUAGCUGUGCAGGUUGGUCAUCAGCAGCAGCAGCAGCAGCAGCAGGAAGGGGCAGAAGGUCUUUCUGCUGUCGUUGUGGUAAAGUAUUUUGCACAGGUUCUAGCGGAGCAAAAGCUGCAGCUGGGCCCUGAAUUUGCCGAUGGCCCACAGAGAGUCCCGUCCUGGACCCCGUUGAUUCUCGUGUCCUCUCGUUUGCAGCAGCUGCUGCAGGGUUUGAGUCUUCUGCGGCGGCCGGCAUCUGCACACGGAGACACCAAAUCUCUGUCAUGAAACAAUCGCACGGGCUGGUUACAACGCUUCCUUCCGUGCUGCUGCCCCACAGCAAAGCUUGUCAACGAUGAAAUCGAUAUAAGUGUCACCUUAUAUAGCCACCUUCAGAUGUCACUCUGACCUACCCUCCGAGCAAUUAUUGCAUUGCUCGCAGGGCACGAACAGGAUUGGAUGAGAUUUACCUCUGGAUUCACAGCUUGAGUCGAAGUGGUAGCUACUGGUGCAGAUGAGGAUGGUGCUAUUGUCUUCUUCCUGAUUGCGGCUGCUAGCGACUUGUCUUCCACAGCAUUCAAGCUCUGCGCGCAGACCACAGUGUGCACUACAGUCCAUGAGAGAGGUGUGGGGUAAUUGAUUAAACCCUUGCUUCUGGAGACAAGACAGACAGGCAGGCAGGCAGGCAGGCAGAACAGACAGAAUGACAAUGGUACGAGCACCUGAUGAGGUCGGAUGACGUCACAAGCUCUGGCUGUCAAUGUCUGUAAUACAGCAAAGCUAGUGUGCACCGGAUGAUACCUCGAGUGCAGCAGCAGCAGCAGCUUCUCGGUGCUGAGCCUCGGCGCUGAGUCCGUGCAGAGCUGCAGAAGUCCCUUGCUGAAGAGCAUCGGCAAAGCCGGAUGCCAAAGGACGCACGAAGGUCAUCAAGUCCCCGAGAGGUUUGGCCAUGGACGCAAGCCGAGGCCCGGAUUUUGGGGCGAGCUUCGUCGUGGUGUCAGAACGCGCAGCGAAUUGGCCUCCGCUCAGAGAUGGCAAACCCUCCGACGAGAAGGUCGAUGAGCCCGAAAUCUUAUUCUCAGAAUGGCACAAUUUGGCAAACACGUCCGUGAGCGGCGUGAGCGAGGUCAUGGCGGCUCCCAGCAAAAGCACCACCUGCAAUCGGCCACCCGAUCAAGCUCACUCACUUCCUGCAGAGGAACGCGCACCAUUCGACCGAUUGAUUACUAAUUGGACUGAUUGACAGUGGCAUGGGUCGGCGUGGGUCGGGUACCUCUGUUUUGCCAAUCAUGAGCUCGUGGCAAUCCAGGCUCUCCGUCUCGCCAUCCAGAUCGUUGAGAGUUUUCAAGAAUUUGGCGAUGCUUCGUGUCGUCAGGGGAGUGAGAGUGAGCUCAUUCGUGAUCAUAAACGGGACGCCGUUCUUGACAAAUCCAUCGCGAGCAGCUCGAGGCCUCGGCGAUGCCGCCGCAGCAGAAGCAGCAGGAGGAGGAGGCACAGCUCCCAUGCUCUGCACGACGGUGUAGCGAUUGAGAACCGGGGCGGCCGAAGCAUGCGAGCUCCAGGGUCGCCAGGGCGCGUAGCACGUGGUGGCGUGCACAUUGUCGCGGAAGUAGGCAUUGCAGAUGCUGCAGCUGAAAUGGCUCGAGAGCGUGCAGCCUCGGCAGACGAGCCGAGAGCCGGCCAUGUACUUGGGGCACUCGGCGUUGCAGCACUCGGCUUCGAAGCUGUCGAGCGCCCGGAGCUCUUUGGCCAAAUUCAGCUUCUGCACCGGAUCCAGGAGCACGUCUUUGUCGACUGUCAGCAAGGCUCUGUCGAGCUUCGAGAGGCUGUCGUAGACCUUCAGCAUCCCAAGCUCCUCGUCUGAAGGCAAGUCCACCUGCCGGAGCAAUUUGAUCAGCGCCCCGGUGCGCAUGGUGAGAAAAUUCAGCAGCAGGUCCACGAAAUCCUUGUACGCCUCGAGGUACAGCACUCGUCCGCCCACCCCGAGCACGCAGAUUCGCACUCCCUUGGGCUCGUCCAUGUCCAGCACUCCUCCGGGCUUCGGCCCCGGGCCCCUGAUCUUCCUCCUGGCCGCCAUCGCUGGACUCAAGGGGCUGCUGUCCUUCGCGCUCGAGAGCUCGAGCUCGGGGAGGCUGUCCGACGGCGAUGGCGACGGCGGAAGGGGCUUAGAUCUGACGGCGGCGUCGAUCGCUUCGGGCGAGAAUUUCUUGAGGAGUCCAUGGGGCGCUCGAACGGAAGAGCGUGUGCUUCUUCUUCUGUCGUCGCCCGCGAGGGACUCGACCGUCGUCGGCAGUCCCGGGUCGUCGUCGACGGCCGAGCCAGAACCGUCACGACCGCGGUCGGGGGCUGCAGCAGGGCUCUGUCCGGAGCUCAAGCCCAGGCCCGAGCCCAAGACCGACGAGUCGUCGUUCACCUGCUGCGCCGUUGGUUGUCGCAAGCCCAAGCCCAAGCCCAAUCCCGAGGCUUGGGGUUGGGGUUGGGCUUGCGGCGCCGAAGGCUUUCUCAGUAGCCCGUCGUGGACGAUUACCGGUUGAAAAGGGGGAGGAGAAGCGGAAGCGGAAGAAGGGGCUAAGUCGAUCGAGACGAUCGUUGCAUCCGUCGAAGGAUGCGCAGGAGGACGAGGACGAGGACGAGCUCGAGCCCCGAUGGUCGCGCUGUCCGCCGCCUGUUUCUUCGUCGAGCUUAGGUCAAAUUUCGGCCG